AAGCUGGUUUGACCCCACAGGCAACACCUCAGAUUUCAAGAUGGCAGACGACGAUGCACCUGGCCCAUUGGCCCCUCGGGUACAAGCCAAGCCAAAGUCUAAGAUCUCUGCAUCUCGAAAACUCUCCCUGAAGAUCCUUUUGCUCCAAAGAGCCAUGGAUGAGCUGGAACAGGAAACGAUCAAUCGUGACGAGGAGAAGGUGAAAUAUCUGGGUGAAAAGCUUCCGCCUCUUCAAAUAACCGGCCUCCAAAUGGAGGAGUUGCAGAAACUGUGUCGGCAACUUCAUGCCAAAAUCGACAUAGUGGACGAGGAGAGAUAUGACUUUGAGGCCAAAGUCAAUAAAAACAACAGAGAUAUCCAUGAGCUGAAGCUGAAGGUGCAAGAUUUAGGAGGGAAGUUUAAGAAACCUGCCCUGAGGAAGGUGCGUGUGUCUGCGGAUGAGAUGAUGAGAGCGCUGCUGGGCUCCAAACACAAGGGCUCCAUGGACCUCAGAGCCAACCUCAAAUCUGUGAAGAAAGAAGACAUUAAACAAGAGAAGGUUAUGUCGGCAGAGGUGGGCGACUGGCGUAAGAACGUUGAGGCCAUGUCUGGUAUGGAGGGCAGGAAGAAGAUGUUUGAUGCUGCUGGUGGAGGACAGUAAUGGGAGUGUAUAUAAGAGUGUAUAAUUGUGUAUAUUUAUGCGUGUGCAUUUUUAUUAGUCAAAAUGAAGGAAAUUGCUUGAAAUUAGCCUCCAAUAAAAAAAAAACCCAACAAUAUGCAUUUAGUACAAAUCUCAAAAGAAAGCUUGUUACUAUAUGAAUAUGGAAUGUUUCAUAUGACCUCAAUUUAAGCUUAUUAAAUUUUUGAUUGUGCUAA